AUGGCAGAUCUUUUAAUGGACUAUAGAAAAAAGGCCCCUAUUUCAGGCAAAUCUCCUGAUUCUCAGAAGUCUUUCAAUAAUUACUGCUCAUUUUUUCAAUCGCCAAAGAAGAGAUUUUCCAAUGUUGAUCCAACUAGCGCAGUCCAUCUUGUCGGACCGAUGUUCGAGCUCACUGCUCAUGUUGAUAGAAGAGGAGGAACUGAUGACUUUGACGCUUUUUAUCCUGAUUCUGCGCUUUCCAGUACUGUACGUAUUCUUUGCGAUCACAAUUAUGCCUUGCCUACGGGUCUUACGCCGCCUUCUAUGGCACCACACCUAAUGGAUUUGAAUAUUCCGUCCAAGUCCCAUUCAUAUCAAGAACCAGAAAAAUAUAUUCCUUCUUUAUCCUCGGUUGUAAAUAGCCCCCUUUCCAGAGAUACCAGAAUCAUACAAGAUACUGUUGUGGAUUCUAGCUGCACAGACCUCUCUGCAGCUCUGGCCAGUUCCGCUCCUGAGGGCAUGUCAACGUUGACGGAAUCACUUAAAAAAUCUACCCUUCCUUUGUUUCAUUCAGCAAUAUUGCCUAAACCUCCCAAUCUUGAACCACCUCCUUGGGCCUCAAACAGGAAAAAACGCAAGUCUCACCAAGGUCAAGAAAAUGUAGAGCCUUCAAAUGCUGGCUCUGAAAGUGGCAGUAUUUCUGGGGAUGGCGCCGAAUCUAUUGUUACUGGUGGAGGAAUAUCAACAAACAAUCAGCAUCGACCUCCUCCUCUUCCAAUAAAAGAAGGAGAAGAAACCGAAGAAGCCCUUGCUGACACAAAGCGCACUCUUUUUGGA